UAUUAUUAUUAAAUAAUGACUUAUUUCAACGUCCAAAUCUUUAUGAUAUAUUUAAUUUUAUAUUUGAAUUAUUCCACAAAUUUAAAAACAUCAAUUAACCUUAGUUAAACUUUUGAAAAUAUUUAAAUGUUAAACUAUCUGCUUAAAUAACGUAGCACUUUUUAAACAUGUCAAUGAAUAAAUUCCCGUGUGUUCUCAUAUAUAGUUGUAGUGAUGACGAUCCUUUGAAAACAAUAAAACGUAAGAUUAAUGAAAUAUAAUUUAUUUAAACUAACUGAGUAUAUCUGCAUAGAUUUUAAAUUGUGUUGGGUUGCUCUAAAAUGAAACCAUAAUAAAUUUUAAUAUUUUAGGGCCAUUACAUAAUGUUUUGUUUAUUUUCCAUAACUAAUUUUUUUAAAUAAUCUAACUGUAAGAAAAUGUCAAUAAAAAUAUUAUUAAUUGUAUUUAAUAAUUAUUGACACAUCAAUUAUUUAGACUGAUUUUUCAGGUUUUUGUGAAAUUAAGUUGUUAGCAAUCAUUAACAUAAAAUAAAAUAACUUUACAAUUUCUUAAAUGCCAUUAUAAACAAUUUCUAAAAUAUUUCUGGUGAUUUACUGCAUGUUUGUUUAAUAAACACUUAGUUAUUAAACUACUUCUCUAUUAUUUUUAAAGAAUUUUAUAAGUUAUCUAUUUUGUAUUCUGUAUUCAUUAACAUUGUUUUUCAACACAAUUUAUGUUUAUAGUAAUAAGAGAUGAAGAGAAUAUCCAAGUAUCUAACUACGAAGGGAAUAUUUUAUCAAACUGUUGGACAAUUGAUUGUAAAUACUAUACUGCUGAUAUCAAUUUGUGUACCUCUAAUAAUUUAAACGAGUUAUCUGAACAAUUUAUACAUAAUGUUAAUGCUAUAAUUAUUCUUUUCAAUAUUGAAAAAGUAAAUAUUCAUAAUGAAUAAUAAAGUAAUAAUUUGAUGGAGUACAAAAUAAAUAAUAAUUUAUUUAUUCAGAGUAAUAUGAUUGAAAUCAUGGAUAAAUGUUUACCUGUAGUUAAACAAAGUCAGGCAGAAGUUUUGAUACUAUUGAGUGAAAAAAAAAUAGAUGAAAUGUCCACGAAUGUCAAUUCUAACACAAGUAAAACUUAUUUUUAUUAUAUAAGUACAAUUUAAUCAUCUAACAUUAUUUGUUACUUUUUUUUAAGUAUUUGAAUGGUGUCGAAAAAAUAAUUUUGAAUUAAUCGUGCUGGAUGAAAUUGCUGAUGAAAUGGAUACAACUGGAAUUGAACGUGUGCGACAAGCUCUUUAUGCACAUCAUUGGCCUAAUCUCAAAGCCAAAUGUAUGUAAUCUGAAUAUAAAUAAAUCUUAUUGUACCAUUUUAAUUUUGAAGAUCAUUAUUUUAAGGUCAAAUAACUCAUCCUAGUACAAAAGCAGUUAUUGAAGAUACUGUAAUAAAUAGCCAACUAAGUGGAGAAUUAUCAGAUCUAAAAAUGGAUACAGAACAGGAUACUGAUUUAUUUAGUAAUUAAAAUAUGUUAAAACCUAUUUAUAUAUAAAAAAAAAAACAUUGAUUGAUAUUAUGAAUUAUUUACACUUUAGGUGAAAUGUUUGAAGUAGAUAAUGACUUUUUCAAAACUAUUGACAAGGUAAGAAAAUUAAAAGAAAAAAUAUCUGCAAUGCCCGACGAAGAAAGAAAAGAUGCUGCUGAAAAAGCAUUAACAGAAUCUUGGAAAGCAUUUUUUGGAGAAGAUGUAGAUUUUUAAGGAUUUUUUAAUACAAUAGCGAAAUAAGAAGUAUUAUAGAUUAAUUAAUUAUAUCAUAUUAUAUAUUGUAUCGUAUAAGUAAAUAACAUUAUUUAUUUGUCUAAUCUACAAAUUGGAUUAUUUUGUACCAUUUGUAAAUCAACCCUAGGUCCAACUAGAUCUCUAAUAUUAUUAAUGCCAUAUUUAAUCAUUGUGGGUCUCUCUAGAGAUAGCCCCCACGCAAUAACAUUAACUUUUUCUGGUAAACCCAUUGGUAAGAGCAUUUCAGGUCGAAACAUUCCAGAGUUGCCGAUUUCAAUCCAUUUAUUUAGUCCUUGAUGAAAACAAAAUAUUUCCAUGCUUGGUUCUGUAUAUGGAUUAUAUGCCGGUUUAAACUUUAUUUCAUUCAUUCCUAAUCGCUCAAAGAAGGUAUGAAGAACUCCAAUUAAAUCUCCUAAGGUUAGAUUGUUAUCAGCUAUUACUCCUUCAACCUGGUGAAACUCUGCCAAAUGUGUAGCAUCCAAAGUUUCAUUUCGGAAUACUCUAUCAAUACUAAAGUAUUUGGUUGGUUUGAAAUCUUUGGCCAAACCAUAUAACAUACGAGCACUUACAGCAGUAGUAUGAGUUCUUAAAACAUUUUUUUUAGCUUCAUCCAAAGACCAAUCAUAACCAUAUCCUUGAGAACCAUAGCCACCUUCAGAAUGUACAGCUUUUACCAUAUUAAGAUAUUUUUGAGGAAAAUUUUCACAAGUUUUGGGGUCAUCCAGAAAAAAAGUAUCAUGCGAGUCUCUUGCUGGGUGUUGUUGAGGUUGGAAUAAUGAAUCGAAAUUCCAAAAUGAGCUUUCAACAAAAUUGUUUGUGGGCAUUUCAGUAAAACCCAUUUCAAGAAAUAUUUGCCGAAUGUCUGUGCGUACUUUCAAUAAAGGAUGUAAACAACCUGUCAAUAGUGGUUGCCCUAAAGCUUCGAAAUUGUAAGGUUUAAAUGAUGUUGUCUUCCACGAACCAGAUGAUAUCAUUUCUGGAGUAAGUUCAGUUUCAAGCUUGAUAAUAGAAGUAGUAAAUUCUGUACCCUUGCCUAUAAAUAAUAUUAAUAAAUUAAUGAUAAAAAUGAAAAAAUAAUGUUUGAAAAUGUUAAAAUGUAUAUACCUAAUUUAAAACUUUUAAUGACUACUUCUCUGAUUAAUUUCCUCUUUUUAUAGUCAUUUUUGUUAGAUUCAGAAAUUUCAUCAUUUAAAGCUUUCAAUUCUGAUAAAUCUUGCUUGACCUUAUCAACAACUGAAUCAACUUUUCUCAUAACCUUAUUUGCUGUUCGAUCAAUAACUAUCCAACCUUUUGCCAUAGCUUGACUGAAUCCAAUUUUGGCAUUUGGAAUAAGUGACAUUAAUUCUUUCUGGACUAUUCCAUCAGACGGAAUAGCAUUAUAUAAGUUAACCUCAUGACUACCAUUCAAUAAUACUGAUUCUCCUUCUUCAGUAAGUUCCCAAUGUUUGCUAGUUAUUGGAUCAGCCGUAAUAAUAUUUCCUAAUGCUAGUAUACUUUUAACAGUACCAAUUACUUUUUGAUGGUCCACAUUGAUUUCUUUAGAUAGGUCGAACGUGUCUAUGGUUUCUUUAAUGUCCAAAUAUUUCAGCAAUUGUUCCGAAUCCAUAGUAAAAUAACUGUAUUAAAUGCAACUACUUAAUGUAUUAAACAUGUGUUCAGUUAAACUUUGAAAGUGUAGGUAUAUGCAUGACUACGAUUUGAAAUAUUUUAAAUUGUAUUCAUGACACUCGAU